AUGACUGUGUUUGGAAAAGCUUUACUUGCCUCUUAUAAAGUUUCAUAUGGUAUAGCCAGCUGUAAGAAGCCUCAUACUAUUGGUGAAGAGCUUAAUUUGCCAGCUGCAACUAAAAUUGUAGAAACUAUGUUUGGAGACAAUUUUAGCAAAAGAUUGGAGUCCAUACCUCUAUCAAAUGAUACGGUUGCCCGUCGAAUUGGUGAUAUAGCUGAAGAUGUACAGCAUCAGCUACUAGGGAAGUUGCGAGACAAGCUGUUUUCAAUUCAGCCUGGUGAGGCGAAGGACAGCAAUAAAGGUGCUCGUCUUAUUGCCUACGUUCGUUUUUGUGAUGGCAUAUCAGUAGUAGAAGAGCUACUUUUCUGCAAACAUAUAGAACUCAAAGCAACAUCUCUCUCAUUAUUUGCUAUCUUAGAUGAUUAUAUAAUCGAGGCAAAUACAGAGUGGAGAAAUUGCAACGGAAUAUACACCGAUGGCUCUCGUUCAAUGUCCGGACGAUUUGAAAGUAUACAAGCCCUUGUGAAACAAAAAUCUGCACUGUACAUCUGGACACAUUGCAAAAUUCACACAGAAGCUCUGGCUUCCAAAGAAAUGUCUCCUGGCUUGAAUAUUGUGCGGUUGUAA